ACGCCUUUAAGGCCUGCUUGACCCUUACACGUGAUAUUGGCCUUAACGACGCCUAUUCUUUGGCUCUUAUAACCGAGGAGAAUCUUUCGUGACUCAUGGAUGUUCCGUGGGUUAGUCACGAGACGCGAGGCACGUAACUUUAACCGUGUGUCUCAUUUCCCGGUCGUCUUUUACAGAAAUUCACAUGAUCUCUCAACUACUCGGUACUGUCUCUUGUAAUUAUAUUCGACAAAUCUCCUGAAAGCACUCAGGAAAUCGAUACCGGGCUUUCCAGCCUUCGGUACUAUGUACCUAGUCCUAUUUAUAUAUCAGCGAUCAAUAGUUUUACAUUAAAUGGAUGUAAAAUUAUCAAGCUUUCGUCGGUAACGACUGGUACCCCCGGUAUAAGCUCGAAUGUAUUCUAUUUAAACGACUAGGAUGCGCUGUAGUACUAUCUGAAAAGUCUUGUUCGAAGAAGAGAACUAAUGAGGCAGGGACGGAAGAGAGUACGAGAGACAUAGAGUGAGGACGCUUACGAAUCGCAAGGGACGUAGAAUGGGGACUUCUGCGUAUUCAGGAAAAUUCUCCCUGUUGGCACAGCAGGACUCUAUUGUUUCGUAGCGAACCACACAUUUUCCGUAUAACGGGGUUUUCAGUUUAGCCUAACAAUGAAUAUCAGGUUUCUGGGUCCAAGAUGGACAGCACUGGCUAUAGAAGUGAAUUCUAAAAGAGAAGUACAUCCAAGAGAAGUCGCAAUGGAGUCUUAUGGCAGUGAUUGCGUGAAAACGGGAAAAAGGGUUUAAGAUCCUUAAAAGGAUCCUCAGGAGGAUUCCUCGUGAUCGUCAUUCAAGAUGGGCAAGUGUUGUAGCAAAAGGCAGGAGCCCCAACCGAUCGACGAGAUUGUCAAACGAGCAGUCUGUUCAGGUUACAAGAAGACGGAGACCGGUCCAAGUUCGAAGAAUAAUAGCAACGGAGGUUCCCUGGAUCGUUAUUCGGCUGAUCCGAACCAGCAGAGGGGUGCUGCACCGACCAGGGUGGAUAUUAUACGACCAAGACCGACACCUUGUAAGAUACUGAUUCCGCAGCAAUCUUAUCAAUCAAGUUCGCCUGUCGUUAUCGCUGCAUCUCAUUCGCAACGAGCGAACAAGAUCGUCGUCGCCCUGUACACCUAUAGGGCGAGGGACAGUACCGAUGUCAGUUUCGUCAAGGGUGACCGGAUGGAGGUGUUGGAUGACACGGAAACUGGAUGGUGGAAGGUGCUGCAUUUGACUACACUUCAGGAAGGUCUUAUACCAUGGAAUUUCGUGGCCAUAGAGCGUUCCGUUGAGAGCGAAGACUGGUUCUUCGAGAAUGUCUCGCGAAAGGAGGCAGGAAAACUUCUUCUGGUCGAGGAGAACCCUCGAGGGACGUUCCUGGUCAGACCUAGUGAACAUAAUCCCCGAGGAUACAGCUUGUCUGUGAAGGAUUGGGAAGAGAGCCGGGGCCAUCAUGUAAAACAUUAUAAAAUAAAGCCGCUGGAUAAUGGAGGAUUUUACAUUGCUACGAAUCAGACGUUCCCGACUUUGCCCGCCCUCGUCAUGGCGUACAGCAAGAACGCACUGGGCUUGUGUCACGUACUCUCGAGACCGUGUCCAAAGCCGCAGCCCGACAUGUGGGACCUAGGACCGGAAUUACGGGACAAGUGGGAAAUCAACAGGAACGAGGUUCAGCUUAUCAAGAAGCUGGGACACGGGAACUUCGGUGAGGUGUAUUACGGAAAGUGGAAGAACAAAACGGAAGUGGCGGUAAAGACUUUGCGGCCUGGAACCAUGUCGACAGAGGCUUUCCUCCAGGAAGCAGCGAUUAUGAAACAGUUUAAGCACAGGCAUCUCGUUGCCUUGUAUGCCGUCUGCUCGAACGAGGAACCCAUAUACAUAAUCCAGGAGUACAUGUGUAACGGAAGCUUGCUGGAUUUCCUUAGGACCGGAGAUGGCAAAUAUAUGCAAUUCGAAGAUCUGAUCUACAUAGCUGCUCAGGUUGCUUGCGGAAUGGAACAUCUCGAGAGGAAGCAACUGAUACACAGGGAUCUGGCAGCCAGGAACGUGCUCAUUGGCGAGAACAAUAAAGCUAAGAUCUGCGACUUUGGAUUAGCCAGGGUCAUCGAGGAUGAUGAGUACUGUCCUAAGCAAGGUAGCAGGUUCCCUGUAAAGUGGACUGCACCGGAAGCUAUCGUUUACGGAAGGUUCAGUAUAAAGAGUGACGUCUGGUCUUUCGGUAUACUACUCAUGGAACUCUUCACCUAUGGUCAAGUUCCUUAUCCUGGCAUGCAUGGUCGUGAAGUCAUCGAGCAGGUAGACAAAGGUUAUAGAAUGCCUAAGCCAGUGAACCAUCCGUUACCAGAUAGCAUUUACCGACUGAUGCUGCAAUGCUGGGACGCCAGUCCGGAGAAAAGACCCACGUUCGAGUUCCUGAAUCAUUACUUUGAGUCAUUCAAUGUGACCAGUGAGAUACCAUACCUGGAACCGACAACAGACUGAUAUAUGGCCCACAUGCAGAAUCAUAUGGUGCCGCAUGGUCGUUUUCAUCCAGCGGACAUCAACUAUGCCAUGGAAUUUUAUGGUAUUUAUUGUUGAAAUCUAGGAUUGGGAAAUGGUUCGACAAUUCUCGAUGGUCGAUAUACAAGACCAAAUGGUUCCUGAACGAUUGAACCUGGCUGUAAUACUGCGCAUGCGUCUGGAGCGUUUACUUGGAUCUUUACGUAUUCCAAGAAGGAUGGAAAGCAGGUCAAUUCCGAGAGUGAAGAUCCCUACUGGAUUCUCGUAAUGAUGCCGAAUUCAUAUUUGAUGCCAGACGAGAUUUCUCGCGAUUUCCUGAAAAAUCGCGCGAAGACAAACUUUUACGUGCCAUGAACAUUGGAGAUAUGUAAGAGGUAAUGGAAAAGAUAUUUGAGAGUACAGAGGCAGUGGCAGGCUGUGCAAAGAAUUCCGAUCCGAUGAGACUAGGCCGAUUUUUAUGAGGGACCGCGAUUUUCUGCAAAUACGUACGUACUAUUACGUAUGUAGAAAUUGAUAUCUCUGUAUAAAGUUACGGAAUCGUAAUUCGACGUUCUAUUUAACGUAAUCUUUUGCAAUUUGGAGAGUAAAGCAAAAAGACUCGAUGGAUAAUUAAUCCGAAGAACAAUUGGUAAAGUUAAGGAAAUGUUUUAGUGAGUAGGGAAAGAAGGUUAGAGUUGAUGUAAGUGAAACUUUGAAUUUCAAACAGCUAACGGUAUAAAUUAGUCAUUGUAAUCCUAGGCUAAUCGGAUAGAAUGUGGAAUGAACAAUGUAAAAAGAGAAAAUUGACGCGCAACUGUACGACCAACGUAUCCUUCGCGAUAAUUCUUUAAUGAGCAUUAACAUUGAUCUCGGAUUAUUUAUUAUGUCUACGUCUUUCGUUAACCAUUUUGACGAACAAUCGACGCGCACGAAUUCGCAUGGCGAGAUCGAGGUUUGAAGAUAGCACAAAUAAUGAUGUAGAGCGUAGAGUGUUAUGGAGAUUAAUUAUGUCAUUUAAAAAAAAAGACUUUGCGUCACGAAACUGACAUUACGCCGUGCUGUAUAGAAUAUAAUUAAUUUUUCUAGACGGUUCGUAAAACAUCAUUUCUACCAUUAAGUUUGAAGUAUACGUAACUGGUUAAUUAAGUAAUUUUACAAUUUUCCUGUGAUUUCCCACUGAUCGAGAUUCUUCGUGUGGUACCCACUUUAUAUGAAACUUUAACGAAGCGACAAAAACAAUUUCAUCCUUGGCAAAGUGUUCCAAAAAUUUAUUAGAACCUCGUGUAAACAAAGAAGACCGUCAAAGAUACGUGACUCAUUUUAUAGUACUACCGUACUAGAUAGCGUUAAUGAUUAUCGAAGUUAAAUUCGGUAAGUGCUCGAAGUCAGGCCAUUAGUGUAAUUUGAAUUUGCAAUCCACUUGGUUUCCACGUUUUUAAAAUUUUACAUUUGGUGAAGCCCAAGAAUUUUUCACUCUAACACGCGACUCGACAAGUACGCCGACAGACAUUAUUUAUUUAUUUGCAAAGGCCAAGGUCGCGUAAGAGGGAGAUUUUGAUAAAAGUUACUAGUAACGACGUAAGUGUGAUUGUGUGAAUGUACCGAAAGAAAAAGAAAUAUUUAAAAAAUCUAUUCAAAAAGUCCGAUCGUUAGAAGAGAGAAAAAUAAUCGAUCGUCGCAAACAGAUAAAAAUAAUGAAUGAGUGAAGGGAACGUAUGAAAUAUAAACUUAAGCCAUCGAUGUUACUCGUACAAACUAUUUGAAGAAUUGUAAAUUUUCUACUAAAGAAAAAAAAAAAAGAUGAAGAAUAAGCAGAAUAGCUAGGAUUCUAGAUCGUAGAAGAGGUGUGGCGCGCGGCCAUUACGGUUUCGUACUGUGUCGUUUGUAUGUCUUUUUCUUUUUAAAUUCUUUGAAAAGCGUUCUGGAAAAGCUCGUACGAAUCCGGAAGUGUUCGCCGCGCCCUUCACGGUGCGUAUCGUUAAGUGUAAGCUCUAAUGUUAAUAUAGACUAGACGUUUAAGCACAGUGAAAUAUUAUCAUGGUACGUAGAUAAAAAUUUAAUAAGAAUACGCGAGAGUCGAACAAAAAAGAAAAAAGAAAAGUGAACGAGCGAAAGUGAUGAUAGGAAUUAGCUCUACGUCCAAUAGAAUUUUCUAUAAGCAUUUUAUACCGACCAAAAUAUUGCUGUGUUAUUCGACGUGUCCGGGAGUUGAUACUCUCUACGACGACUACGGACAAUGACGACGAUGACGUUGGCGAUGACGUCGAUCUCAAAGGUUCUUCGCACUAGGCAAUCAUUUAAGUUAUGCAUGAAACACACGUGACGUAAAUGACAAGAACUCUUUUAUAGUCCACAACGUCCAGUCAGGUUAGCGAAAGAUAAGGAAAAAAAAAAAAAAGAAAUGAACAAAUGAAAAUUAAAA